ACCAUCUACAUACAUAUCCGAUCUUGCAAUAGACAUACAGGAACAAAACAAUACUAUGCUUUCCAAUGCUAAUGAUGUGGAGCUGAAGGAACUUGACACGUUUUGUCAGAAAAUACUUAAGAGCUCCUCAGAAACAAUGGAUGAAUUAUCAGGUACCCAGGUGGGGGUUACUUUCCAUGAAUAUCAGACUGAUGGUACAGUUGAAAAUCCUGUUACUAGAGAAGUUUUGGAAAACCAUUUGGAGACUGAAGGUGUUUCACCUGUGACUGAACCUGAUUCUCAUACUAAAGAGCAGCAAAAAUUAAGGUUUGCUAAAAGUAACACACGCAGACCUAAAAAGAGAAUGGGAAGAGAUACAAAUAUAAACAAAAGGAUGAAAGAAUAUCGAAGAGACAAUGCAAGUAAAUCUUCCAUUCCCCCAAAGAGAUUUUCUACACGUUGGAUGAACAGAAUCAAUAUUUAUGGAGAGACCAGGUUGCAUAUUGCAGCUAAGAAUGAAGAUAUCCAUCUUGUGAGAAAACUCAUCAAAGCAGGAGCCAAUGUAAAUAAAGCAGAUUAUGCAGGAUGGACCCCACUACAUGAAGCAGUAUUAAGUAGUCAUUGUGAAAUUGUAUUGGAACUUCUUAAAGCAGGUGCUAAUAUUAACUGCAAAGGAUAUAAUGGAAUAACUCCACUCCAAGAUGCUGUUCAAUAUGAUGAUUAUAAGAUGGUGCAACUGCUUUUAGAGCAUGACGCUGAUGCGUUUGCUGAGAAUGAUGAAGGCUGGUCUGCAUGGGACAGAGCUAUUUGUAGAUCACUCAAAACUGUGAUGUAUAGCUGUUUUAAGACAUCAAAGAAUAAUUUGAGUAAAGAACAAAGUUCAUUGAAGAUGCAAAAAAGUGAUCCUGAAAAAAGUUUAUUAAAACAUCUUCUACAAGAGACUUUUCUAUCCCAAAAAAGCAUUAAUAACUCCAGCAAUGUCGGAGAUUGUGAAGGCACUAUAGAGAAAAGCUUUGAAACGAUAAACAGCCAACGUACACAGCUAAGAAGAGUGGAAGCACCCCAUGAGGAAUGUAGUGUUUCAUUGUUUGCAGCCCAGGCCAUGGUAAUCCAGAAAGUGUACAGUCCUCAAUUGAACAAUUCAGUUUUCAGUGAAGACUGUGCAUCCAUCUUGCCAGAAGCAUACAUCCAGUUAUAUAAUGUAGUUAAAAGAAAUGCUUCUAGACAAUCACAUCUACAUAUUGCUGCCAUCAAUGGUAAUCUUGCUUUGGUCAAAGAACUUAUUAAAAGAACUAAAGGAAUUAAAAACAAAAUUAAUUGUACUGACAGUACAGGGCAGACAGCUUUGCAUGAAGCAUCUUCUAGAGGUUAUACAGAUAUCAUGAUGGAAUUGCUUCACAAUGGAGCUAAUGUUCACAUUAGAAACAAAAACUGGGAUUUACCACUGCAUCUUGCUGUGUCUAAUUCGUAUUAUGAGGCUGUCACACUUCUUCUUCAGUUUGGUUCAAAUCCUUGUGAUGUUAAUAUAUUUGGGAAAUGUGCAAUGGAUUUGACAGCUGAUGACAGAAUAAAGCAACAGAUGCUAAAUUAUAGUUGUGGAGAACAAUCUUUAAUUUCUAGAGUGAAAAACCGGAGACGCAAAAGAGUUACAGUUACUCACACUGAGCAUAAAAGCAACAUAAAUAAAAAUAUGAACAUAGUGAAUAAUCAUACUCUUCACAAAAUACAAAAUAUUCUAGAAGAGAGUGGAAAACCACCUGGGUCAUUAAUUUGCUGCCCUGAAGAGCAGCACUUUUCUGAUGUCACAAAACUCAAGUUGUUCUCCCAAGAAAAAAAAAUUCAGAAUAAUUCCAACUUAGAAGACUCACAGUGUCUAGAAAAAGAAAAUUGUACAACUGGAUUAAUUGAGUGUCAAUCUUUAGUUAAGAACAACUCACCAUCUAUUCAACAUUGUACAGAAAAACGUGAAAAAAAUAAUAUUGGGGAAACUUUAAAUAAAUACAAAGAAAUGCAUGAAGAGAGAAUGUUCUAUUUUGCGGAAACUGAGCUAAAUACAGUUGUAGGAAAAGCAAAAAAAUAUGCCCAGAAAAGGAAACAAAAGGAUGGGUUUGUUGCCUCUAUUUUAGAUGAUGUAGCAGAUAUCCAAAUGAAUCUGAUGAAAGUGAAGAUAAAGAAACCUCAAGAUGCAGAAACAUUCAAAGAGGUUUUUUUCAAAGUACAGGCCAUUUUACUUGAAUUUGAAAAUAAUCAGCUAAAGAAAAAAAGUCAACUUUCUGAGAAGUACUGGAUUUCACCUAAUUCUUCACAGCAAGGAAUCUUAAAAAUUCGGAUGACUUCUUCAGACCCUGAACAAGAAAAGUUUGAAAUGGUGCUCAAGAAACAAGAUGAACUUAGGCAAAAGUUGAAGGUUCUACACAACUGUUUUUUGAAUCAUCAGAAAAAUCAGACCAAAAAUGUACUGUUUGCUAAUUCAAGUGAGAAUGAAUCUACUGAUAACUUUAAUAUCAGUCAGCGUUAUGAUAAUGAGAAUGAAAUAUCCACCAGAGCAAAGGAUAUGUUAGAAAAGAUUCAAGCAGAUGUGGAGCUCUCUUUAAUUGAUACGCAUAAAAAUAUCCAGCAGGGUGAAGAUGAUGUAGACUCUAACUGUCAUACUGUAAUAAACUCUUUUGAAGAUGUACCUUUCUUAAACAAAUGUAAUGAUGUACCUGUACAUAGUCACAGCAAUAAUGAAAUACUCAACACUUGUGCAAAAGGAGUUGUCAAUAUGAUGGUGCCUUGUCAAGUAAAUACCCUUUCAGAUUCAAUGAGUACAAUUGUUGAACCAAUGACUUCAUCUAAUACUUUUGUUAAGACUCUUAUUUCUGGAAGUAAUGACUUUCAGGCUGGAUUUCAAGACAAAGAUAUACAAACUAGCAUUGAAUGUAGCAAUCCUGCACCUCCUCCAUUAAAGAACUAUAUAAAUCAUAUGGUUACAGCUAUGGACAGAAAUUCUGCGGUUGAUUUGAAAAAUGAAAAGAUUCUGAACUUAACUGAAAAAAAUAUGAAAUUCAAUGGUAAUACUUCAAAUGUUUCGGUGACUUGUAAUAGUCUUGAAAACUCUCUCAGAGUCAGAAGUGUUAGUGAAAUAAUUCACAAAUGUAAAGGACAGGCAAGCAAUACUGCACUAUUGUCUGAAGAUUUUAAACAAGGUGCAGUCAAAAAGUCCAGCAAUAAGACUAGUGACAAAAUGUAUCCAUCUGACAAUUUAUUAGAAAAGAAAUGGAAAAAGCGUUUGAUUGGCCUUAUUAAAAAACAUGUCAUAAAACCAGGAAAGGAUGUUUUACAAAUAACCUUACAGGACACAUGUUAUAAAGCUACUCUCAUGUACAAUGGGAGCAUUCGGUUUCAAAGCAGCCAGGUUUUUUUUAGUCCCUUGCAAUGGACACAAUCUCUUCUAGGCCCAAAUAGUCCAGUGACAUCGACAUUUGCAUGGAGCAAGGUUAAAUAUAAAGGUAAAGAGCUAAUCUGUUACUUAGAAGAAGAGGAUCCUUCAGUUACAACAGAAAUAUGUUUAUCCCAAGCUCCAAGUGAACAAAUUAUAUCCACAAGUAAAUAUCACAAUACUGCUCUUCAGUCUAAUCCCUGCAGUUUUAUGAAUUUAAAAGAGAUUCUUCUAAUAAAUGACAAUGAAUUUAUGCCAUGCCAUAUUAUGAAUCAACUCUGGAACUUAUUUGCAGAAUGUGAGGAGGUACCACAAUAAUUCUGCAUGUAAAAAAGUUUUAUGUUGUAGAAAAAUAUUUUUCCAACAAGUUUUCAUCUGUAUUAUCAGAUUUUUUUUGUUUGUGAACAAAACUUCCAAACAGCAAUAGUAACGUGCCUCAAUUUUUUCUGUGAAUGGCUGACGCUUAAAUGUAUUUGCUAAGUACCAAAAAAAUUACUCUUUAUUGUGUUAUUGUUUGUAUAUUACUUUAUUGUUGGAACUGAUAAAUGCAGCAUUUUAAAAUUAACUUUCAGAUGUUGCGUGGUAUUGAGAAAUAAACUUUUCUACUCACUACACACUAUGUAUGUCUAUCUACAAUAUGUAUAGGUUAAUACUUGUAAAUUCACAUAAAUUGUAUUUUGUAUGUGUGAAGUGAAAAACUGAGGAUAGAAAACUGUUCAGCAAAAAUUAAAGUGUUGAAUUUCUAAACCCUGCCUCACUUGGAAAUUUUGUGUUACAGACUUAAACUAAUACAUUUGGCAGACAAUAGCUGUAGAAUAACACACACACCUUGAAUGAAGCAUUUUACAUGAAGUACAC